CAACCCUAAUGUGUGCUGCUUGGAGAUCGCCACUUCCACCGACAGCAGAGUGAACAUCUGAGCUUGGCUUGCCGUUGCGUACUAGGUCAUUCUAGAACGUGACUCCACUUAAAGCGGGUGUGUCGUAGUAACGUGCUCACUUGUGCGCUAAUAGCAAAGUAAAUGAUAUUCAGCUGACCGCGUGUGAGCAUAUCGUGUAGUUGUGCGCGGCGAUCGGUUCAGUGUUCGAACGAAUUGAGGAAGUGAUCGAUUUGAAAGCAACGAAAAGUAGAAGCAGCAAAAUUAUCAAAAUACAAAAGUGAUCUGUAUUAGUUGGUUAAAAAAACUGAAACUAAACUAUAAACAGCAACAACAAAUACAAAUAUCAAAGAUGCCAACGUACGCCAAACAGGAUCAUAUAUAUCUUCUGAAACUAAUCACAGUUUUAACUGUUCUAGUGCAAGGAACGCUCGGUCAAUCGUUUUUGCUCAGUUUGGGACAAAAUCAGCGAAACUUCUUUUCGGAARGCAAUUCACAUGAAACGCUUUUGAAUCAACCACUUACCGAACGUCUAAACUAUACGGAUACAGUGCCGAACAUACAUUUGGAGACGCGUGGAGAGUUUGAUGAUAACAACACCACGAUAAUUGUUAUAAAGAGUACAGUACACGAACAAUCCAACGAAUUGUCACAGACUGCAAUGGACAUCAUAACUAUAGUUUGGUAUGUGGCCACAUUUCUGGCGCUGGCGGCAUUCUUCUUACUCAUGGCCUGCUCGGACAGACGCUGCACGGAGAGCCGAGGCAGCGUGUUGCGCAACGAAACGCCAAUUGCACCGCCCACACCCUCGCCAUCAUACAGCGAAUUUGCACCGCCCAGCUAUGAUUCAGUGAUCAAAAUGCAGCACGACGCCAAAACCAGCGUCUUCGUUAUACCUUUCACGCCCAUGGAUCCAUCAGCGAACAAAGAUGUGAGCAAUAACAGUAAUGGUGGCGGUGUGCACACACCGCAGACACCAACCACGCCAGCAAUCAAUYUCUACACAGUGAAUGAGUUGGAGAAGUUUAGUUGUUAACAAUAAUAAUAUGUGCGCAUGUGUUUAUGCAUUUAAUCGAUUUAAAUGUGACAGUAUGUGUCAGCAUGAAUCACACCCGGCGGGAUUAACGUAAAGCGUGUUCUAAUAGGUCAAAGUCGAUAAGUGAUAGCCCUAAUUGGUAACUAACUGUAUAAUUGUGUAUAUAGAGAACACAUUUAUAUAUGUUUAUGUAUGUAUAUAUUUACACCGUAAAACGAAUCAAAUUUUCUCAAAAGAACUGUGAUAUUAGUUAAAGUUGCUUCUAAUUGCAUUUGUUGAAUACAUAUUUAAGCAAGCUCUGUUAUUAUUAGGUAUUGCAAGGGAUUGAGAAUAACAGAAAUAACAAUCGCCAUUAGUAUAUAUAAUUGCAGUGCGUUUGUAAAUGAAAACAAAGCAACUAUAAGUAUGUAAAUAUUACUUUGUAAAUAAUAURCGUACGUACAUAUGUAUAUAUCAUUUCUAUUUACGUAGCCUCAAUUACGUUACGUAAUACGAGUACUAUGAUAACUUUAUGUGCAUACAUAAAACGACUUAGCUUUACCUUAAUUUGUAAGUAUGUAAGUAAGCGAAAGACUGAAUUAUUUGCGAAGAUAUGCAAAAACCAUAUUUUCCACUGUAAUUAGUCGGUGCUUUAUGUUUUCCUGUUAUUAUGCUAUACGUACAUAAAUAUAUAUACAAUAUUAUAUUAUAAGUGGUUAUUUGAAAUGAAAAGCAAAAUAUGUUAAAUUAAUAAUUAUAGUUUUUUGUAUUUAAUACAAUUAAGUGCACAACGUGCGAACAAGUAUUAUGUAGUAUUUUAAGAAAAGAUAAUAAAAUGAAUUAAAUUAUUGUUAARAAAUUGAAUGGAAAUUAAAAA